AUGCCAGCCCAGGUCGAUUAUUCGCUGUACCUCGUGACCGAUUCGACAGAAGCCAUCUUGGGCUCAAGAGACCUGGUCGAAGUUGUCGAGCAAGCCUUGCUGGGAGGUGUAACUAUUGUUCAGUAUAGGGACAAGACCAGCGACACAGGUGUACUCAUCUCAACAGCCAAAAAGCUCCACGAGAAAUGCAAGCAACAUAAGAUCCCCCUCCUCAUCAAUGACAGAGUUGAUGUUGCACUCGCCGUGGGCUGCGAAGGCGUUCACCUCGGCCAAGAUGACAUGAACAUUGUCGAAGCGCGUCGCAUCUUAGGAGACGAUAAGAUCAUUGGCGCCACAGUCUCGUCGAUUGAGGAAGCCAGGAUAGCUGUGGAAAGAGGCGCAGACUAUCUGGGAAUCGGAACUCUCUAUGCUACCCAAACCAAGAAGAACACCAAGGAUAUCAUCGGCGUAAACGGUAUCAGGAAGAUCUUGAGCUACCUCGACGAAGCAAAUGAAAAGAGCAAGAACGUCAAGACUGUAUGCAUCGGCGGUAUCAACGCAUCCAACAUCCAGCGCAUCAUCCACCAACUCUACGCUCCCCGUUCCCCAUCUACAAAGCCCAAGACAAUCGAUGGCGCUGCCAUCGUUUCCGCCAUCGUUGGUGCUAGAGACCCCAAGGAAGCAUCUUCUCGUCUGCAACAGCUUAUCAAAUCUUCUCCUCCCUAUUUCAAGUCGUCAGAACCCGUAUUCUGGCUCGAGAAAAACGAAGACGAAAUAAGGGCUCUCGCAUCAACAGCUGACAAGGCUACAUCUGCAGUCCAUACCAAAUCCCCCCUCAGCCACAACAUGACCAACCUCGUCGUUCAGAACUUCGCCGCAAAUGUUGCCCUUGCCAUCGGUGCUUCGCCCAUUAUGGCCAACUACGGCGAAGAAGCAUGCGACUUAUCUCGUCUCGGCGGUGCGCUGGUCGUAAACAUGGGCACCGUCACGCCUGAAGGCCUUCUGAACUACAAAAAAGCAAUCGCCGCGUACAAUGCCGCUGGUGGACCGAUUGUGCUCGAUCCUGUAGGCGCUGGCGCGACCAGUGUGCGGCGCGAUGCGCUAGGCCAGUUGCUAGGCGUGGGCUAUUUUGAUCUGAUCAAGGGCAACGAGAGAGAAAUCAUGGCUGUUGCGCGCGCGAGUGGAUUUACCCUCGAUGAUAUCAGCCAGCAACGUGGGGUCGACAGCGGGGACUCCCUGUUCACUCUCCAACAGAGAGCGUAUCUUGCGUCGAGAAUUGCGCUGAGAGAGCGUAACAUCGUGCUUAUGACGGGCGCAACGGAUGUCAUCAGCGACGGCGUUCGUACGUACGCUAUCAGCAACGGUCAUGCGUACUUGGGAAAGAUUACCGGGAGUGGGUGUACGCUUGGUACUACGCUGAGCGCCUACCUGGCCGCGUGGCCGCAGGAUAAAUUGCAUGCUGCUGUUGCUGGAAUUCUGCAUUAUGAGAUUGCGGCUGAAUAUGCGGCGAGGAGAGAGGACGUCAAGGGGCCCGGGACAUUUGUGCCUGCAUUCAUUGAUGAGCUUUUUGCGAGAGGUGGAGUGGUUAGUGGGGGCCAAGAGAGCUGGGGCAAAGACAUGAAAGUGGAAUGCUUGAAAGAUGUCCCUGAUGCUGGCUUGCUGAAGGACGUGUAG